UUUACCUCAAAGCAGAUGUCUAUGGACUUUUCAUAUAACUCAUAUAGCUAAAAUUCUAAAUAUUUGUGAGGAUGUUUACGUAUAUUUGGCCUAUAAUAACCUGGCAGAUGUCUACAUUUAGCCCAGAUAAAACCAUUCAGAAUGGCAGCUGUCACCUGUCUCCCAUAUGAUUGGUUAUAAGGAUUUGAUGGUGUUCCUUCUAAGCUCCUCCCACAUGAGGUGACAGGAUUAGAGGAAUAAGUAGAGCCUGAUUAGUUUUUAGCAGACUUGUGCAAAAUGUCUCUGGAGAGACGAACAAAAACGCAUGGAGUCUGACAUACUACUGUACGAGUUAAGGAGACAAUGGUUCUCUCCCUGGUGUUCUCCUCCUCAGGUCAACAUGUUCAACCUCAUGAGCAAUUGCUGCAGCUGGGUCUCCAAACUCCAGCAACCACUGAGGAAGAUCACUGUUCUAGUGGUUGGCUUGGACAAAGCUGGAAAAACAUAUUGUGUCAGAGGGAUGUUAAGAGGUAAUUUAGUGCCCCCUGGAGAUGUAGGUCCCACUCACGUAUGUGUCUGCACUGAAUUAAGGGUGGAGAACUAUUUGGUUAACUUACUGGAUAUGGGAGGGGCUCCUGAGGUUCGGGGGUCCUGGAGAGAGCAUUACGGUGAAGCUCACGGCAUCAUCUUUGUGGUGGAUUCCAGUGAUAGACAACGAAUGAAAGAGGUCAGAGAAGCUCUGGUGAACUUACUGAAGCAUCCAAGAGUAGCAGGAAAACCUCUUCUUGUGCUGGCAAAUAAACAGGACAAAAUGAAUUCUCUUCUGGGAAAUGAACUCAUUGAAAUUCUCUCCCUAGAGAGGCUGGUCAACCAGAGCCGUUCCCUUUGCCACAUUGAGCCAUGUUCUGCCUCAAUGGACCUGCGUCGCUGGUCAGACAGAAAGACCCUGCGAGGUCUCAGAUGGCUACUGCGAGCUGUGUGCCUGGACUACCCUGACCUCUGUGCCCGUGUGAUGAGAGAUGGGAGGCGACCAUUGGGGCCAGAAGAAAAAGAAAGGAGAGGAAAAACGGAGAAGAACCGGAACAAAUCUAAAGAGGAAAAAACACGUACAAGCAAAACAGACAUCCGUCAAGAACAGCACAAUGAAACUGUGAGGAAAAAUGGGACUCUUCAUCCAAUCAAAAAUAUUCUAAAUAAGGAGAACUCUUUAAAAAAGAAAAUAAGCAAGAAGAAGAAGAAGGUGAAGGUUAAAAUUAAGAAGGAGAGUCCAAGCAGAGGAGUAAAUGAAGAAGAGGUGGAGGAGACAGAAGGAAAUGAAGCAGAACAGGACCACAGCAGCCAGAAAGAUAAAGCCAGCAGUGUAUUACUGACUCCCAAACGAAGGAAAAUGAAACGCAAAGCCAAAGUAAAAGAGGAGAACUCGGGUCUACCAGAGUCCCCCAACAGCGAGGUCUCCAAACCCUCUAGAGGUAUUGAAACUUAA